UUUGGCGGAUGGAAGUGUGAAUCGAGGGCUGUUCGGAUUUAAUAGUAAAAAUUCUAGCCACAUAAGUGAUGCGUGUGCAUAUGAUUGCGCUUGUUCGUUUCGCGCUCUCUCCUCGCUGGCGAAUAACAGACAGGAUCGAAAGACAUUGUCUCGCUAUAUGAAUAGCACGGGCAUUAAUUUAGGGAGCGUUAUCGGAGAUGCGGG